AUGGAGACGGGGGUUGCCGUGGCGGCGGCGCCUCAUGUUGCUUCGGCCACGGGAUCGGGGACGGUGGAGGAGCAGGCGGCGGGGGUCGGCAUCUUGCUUCAGAUAUCCAUGCUCGUGCUCUCCUUCGUGCUCGGGCACAUCCUACGCCGCCGAAAGUUCUACUACAUCCCCGAGGCCAGUGGCUCCCUCCUGAUCGGGAUGAUUGUUGGAGGGCUUGCUAACAUAUCAAACACUCAGAAAAGCAUCAGGUGUAUAUGCUACAUCUCUUACUCCUUUUGCUACCUUGGUGGGUUACUAUACAUUGUCUACAGGCUCCCACUGGUGGAGUGUAUGAUGUUUGGUGCUCUUGUAUCAGCAACUGAUCCUGUGACAGUUUUGUCUAUAUUUCAGGAGCUUGGCACUGAUACAAAUCUAUAUGCACUGGUUUUUGGAGAAUCAGUUUUAAAUGACGCUGUGGCUAUAUCCUUGUACAGGACUAUGGCAUCUAUCAGGACGCACCAUUCUGGAAAGAACUUUUUCCUUGUAAUUCUGAGGUUUCUUGAAAAUUUUGUUGGAUCAAUGUCAUCAGUCAUGUCUCAACUUUGCCAGUCCUUAAUUCGGUCAAACCUCUUCAAGUAUGCAGCACUGGGCGUUGAGAACCUUCACAACCUGGAGAGUUGCUUGUUUGUGCUUUUUCCAUACUUCUCGUACAUGCUAGCAGAAGGCAUUGGUCUAUCUGGCAUUGUUUCUAUUCUCUUCACUGGUAUUGUGAUGAAGAGAUACACAUUCUCUAACUUAUCAGACGAUUCUCAGCGUUUUACAGCUCGCUUUUUUCAUCUUCUUUCUUCACUAGCAGAAGCUUUCGUGUUCAUAUACAUGGGAGUUGAUAUUGCAAUGGAACGUCAAAGCUGGUCACAUAUUGGAUUCAUAUUUUUCUCAAUUAUCUUCAUACUACUUGCAAGGGCUGCAAAUGUCUUCUCUUGUGCAUACAUACUGAAUUUGGCACGACCUCCACAAUGCCAAAUACCUAGGCAAUAUCAGCAGGCUCUUUGGUAUAGUGGGCUUAGAGGAGCUAUGGCUUUUGCCCUCGCUCUUCAGUCUGUUCAUGAUCUUCCGGAUGGACAUGGCGAGACAAUUUUUACUGCUACCACAUCUAUUGUUGUUCUAACUGUACUCCUUAUUGGUGGCUCAACUGGAACAAUGCUUGAGGCUCUACAGGUAGUUGGGGACAGCAACCGUUAUCGCCAACUGUAUGAGGAGAAUUCUAAUGGCAACGACACUGGUUACAUGGGACAAAAUUAUGAUGAAGGAGCAUCCACUUCAAGCAAAUUCAGAUCUAAACUUAGAGAUCUAAGGAGAAGCACCUCGUCUUUCGCUUUACUGGACAAAAAUUACCUUACUCCUAUUUUCACUUUGCGAAAUGGAGACUGCGAUGAUGAUACUACAGAAAGUCAAAGUCCCAAUGAACAAUUGACGGUAUCCAGAGGGCCUGGGGAUUUGGAGGUACAUGAUUGA